ACGUAGUGUAAACAAUUACCUGAAGUCGUGUCUGGAGACAAAACCGUCUCGGAAACAUGAGGAAGAAAUUAGUGCCAGAGGAGAAGGCUAUAUGCAACGUAGUCGCCGUGUAUAGAGAGCGCGGAAAUUAUUUACAACGCCUGGAGCAAUUUGAGAAAGCAAUACUGGCUUACGACGAGGCUCUACGCUGGAAUGAUUCCGAUGUGCGUUCACUUCUCGGUCGAAGUUUGGCGAGAGCCAAAAUGACACACUACGCGGGAGCACUAGCAGAUGCGGCUAGAGCUGCAGAAUUAGAACCUAAAAACGUGACGGCUUUGCAAAUUCGAGCGCAAACUGACUAUGAGAAAUGUGCAUUCGAACGAGCUUUGGUUUUAGCUACCAGAGGUCAACAAGGUCGUCGGUUCCCGCCCAACUUUGCUGAGUGUGCCAGACAAGCUGAAGAAACUAUUCGAGAAUGUGUUGGCCAGAGUGCAAGCAAAGUUUUAUCUGCAGCUGUAUCACUUUUGCGUCGAGUCGAGUUAAAAAACGAUUCUAUAGAUGCUGAAGUAAAUAUAAUGCCGCAACGAAAGAGACGAAUGCAACCAGAACCCACGCAUCAGGUACAAGAAAUUUCACGCUUUGAGCAACAAAGACUGAAACGAAUCUCCCGCCUAAUGGCAUCUAAAUAUUUAAAACGAAUGGCACAUGAUAAAUAUUUUCUAAUCGACUUAUGUAAAGACGAGCGAUUAACUUCAGCUAAUAAAAAAGGAUCUAAAAAAUUGAAGGAACUAGCUGACAUGGCUUUAGAAAAUAUAGAAAAACGUCAAACUGUACUACGUAUACGUCGGCCUAUGUAUGCUGCACUAGCUUUAGAAGUAGCAGCAAGGACCCGUCUCUGCAAGACACGCAAAGAGCAGCUCACAAGGGCCCAAAGUCAGCAUAUUAGAGACGCAGAAAGACUUAUAAAAGUAACUCGAAUGUCGUAUGAAGAACGAGAUACAAACAAGUGUUUAGAAAAUGCAGAGUUUGCAAUGGAACAAAUAUCAAGGAAACCCGCAAAUUUACUACCAGGCAAAGAAAAGUUUUUGCAAGAGUUGUAUAACAUUGUCGCUGACACUUUCUUAGAUCAGAAACGUUUCAAAACAACUAUAAGCGAGUCCGAUCGCGAGAAAAGAGCGUUUUUAUUGCUCGGCAUGUUGGUGUCACGUGAGCCGAGCCAUGAUUCGGUGUUGCGGGUUCGACCUCCAGCACCACCCCGGGAUGCCAAGCAUCGUAUGCGAGUUUUGGAACGAGGUUUAACAUUAAGCUCUCGUGCACCCGAACGCUGCUACAUACUCCAUGAACUAGCGCGGUUGCAUGUAGACACAAAACAAGCGCACAGAGCACGAUUCUACGCCACUAAAUGCCAAGCUGAAUGUCGAGCUGCCAAUCAACGUGUGUGGCUUUUAAAUGCCACAUUUCUUUUAGCACGAUGUCACUUGCUCCAAAACAAUCGCCCAGAAGGACGCGCAGCCCUCAUAGAAGGUGCCGCAUUAUCACGAACAUUUGGGUAUGACGAUGUGGCUGCAUUCUUUGAUACUUGCGUAAAUGUGUCACUGGAAGGGGAAGUACUUUCGUCAGAAGCAGCUCUUGAGAAACGCGAAAAGGCUGUGGUGAAUUUGAUGCAGGACGAUGAUUUGCGCUCCGCAGCUGAGCAUCUCUUCAGAAAGAUGUCAGUCAUCCCAGCAGCCAGACGCUUCUCCAUAAUGCCAGGAAUGCGUGCGGAGGACACUACGCCUCCCAAUGCUGCCAUUCGUCGCAUAUCCAUCAUACCUCGAGUUCAACAACCUACGCGAAUAUUACAUAGGACGCCUCAACCAUUGGGAUUUCAGGAUUUCGAUUUAUAAAUACAACCUUUUAUUCCCCACUAUAAAGUAUGGUAUCAAAGGCUUUUUUGUUUUGCAUUAAAGGUAAAUCGCAUAAUCUAACUUCAAUACUAGUUUUAUAUUAUUUACCAGUAAUAUAAAUGGUUAAAUAGUACCGAAUCAAUAGGAAAUUAUCGGAACCAUAACUAAAAAUUAAUUAGUUACUUAUUCAAAGUCGUAAUUAUACAUACUACUUUUUAUUAAAUUCAUAUUUAUAUUUCAUGAUACUAUCUAGUUAUAUAAUAAACAUCU